CUUCUUCAAGUUUCAGGUUGCACGGUGUAGUUUUGACAACAAAACAAUUUCAUGAACGAAACAUAUUUUGUAUUAUUUAGAUCUCAGUGAAAAUUCCACUUUAAUUAUGGAAAGUCUGUUUAUUAUCAAUACACAAGGUGAUGUCUUCUUAGAGAAGCAUUGGAGAAGUGUAAUUUCCAAGGGCAUUUGUGAUUAUUUCUUAGACAAAUUAAAAGUCUCGAAUGACGUAAUUCCAGUAAUUCCAACAUCGUUCCAAUCCACAAAUCUAGUCUCAAUCGGUAGAUGUGGUGUCUUCUUGGUCAGUGUCUGUAAAUCAGAAAUUUCACCACUUUUUGUCCUCGAAUUCCUCCAUCGAGUUGUAGACACAUUUAUUGACUACUUUAGUGAAUGUAAUGAGACAAUAAUCAAGGAGAAUUACGUGGUAAUCUACGAAUUGCUAGACGAGAUGCUUGACAAUGGAUUUCCAUUAGCAACAGAAUCGAAUGUUCUUAAAGAGCUUAUUAAGCCACCAAAUAUUCUCAGAUCAAUUGCAAAUUCAGUGACUGGAAAGACAAAUUUUAGUGACACACUUCCAGUCGGUUCUUUAUCAGCCAUUCCAUGGAGGAAAUCAGGCGUCAAGUACACAAAUAAUGAAGCAUAUUUUGAUGUAAUUGAGGAAGUUGAUGCAAUAAUUGACAGGUCAGGUGCGACAAUAUUUGCUGAAAUAUCUGGCGAGAUUCAGUGCCUGAUUAAGCUGAGUGGAAUGCCUGACUUGAGUCUAUCCUUCAUAAAUCCUAGAAUAUUAGAUGACGUCUCAUUCCAUCCAUGUGUAAGGUACAAAAGAUGGGACACAGAGCGUGUUUUAAGCUUUAUUCCACCUGACGGUUCCUUUCGACUUAUGUCUUAUCAUGUCACAUCCCAAACAGUACCAAUUCCAAUUUAUAUCCGACAAAAUAUUCAUUUGAAAAGUGGAGAACAAGGAAAAUUGGACAUAACUGUUGGACCUAAAACCACACUUGGACGAACACUUGAAAGUGUCAAACUUGAGAUUUUAUUUCCAAAAAGUGUCGUGAACUGCAGUCUUGUGACUACACAAGGCAAAUAUGUAUUUGAUCAAAACACAAAGAUCCUCAAUUGGGAUGUCGGUAAAAUUGAUGUCCAGAAGCUUCCAAAUAUUCGAGGAAGUGUCACAACCGUACAGGGAUGUACAAUCGAGUCAAUGCCUUCAAUUAAUGUCCAAUUUACAAUCUCACAACUUGCUGUGUCGGGGUUGAAAGUCAAUCGACUCGAUAUGUAUGGCGAUGUUAAGUACAAACCUUUUAAAGGUACAAAUUACUUUGUUUGGGAUUCAUUUGCUAGUGAUGUCUUACUUUUAUGAGUGUUAAGGGUUGGCUGCUUAGGUAUAUUCUUGAUAGAUUGAAAAAUGCCUGAAAGCACAAUCAUAGGAGCUAGCUGCUUCGUAAAAUCAAGUUUAAACACUACAUCUGGAGUAUGUUAGCUUAUUUGACCCUAAGACAGGCGCCGUGGUAGUGUUCAAUCUAGAUUAAACCGAAAAACUGGUUCCAAGACCCAAAAGUUCAUUAAUUUGAUAGACAUCACUAGUAAACGACCCUCAAAACUCAUUUAUUGCCUGAUUUAUUAAAAACUUUAUUUUUGCAGGUGUAAAAUAUGUGACAAAAGCAGGAAAAUUCCAGAUUCGAUUAUAAACUUUAGACCUUACUUGUGCCAGAUCAAGGCAAUCUCAUGAGACAGUUGACAGCAUAUUUCAUAUUUGUAUUAUUAUUAUUAUUAUUAUGUAACUUAUUUAUUAACAUUCAUUUUGAGAUUAUUGACUUAGUUUAUGAUUAAUAAACAAUUUUCGCAUUUUUAUUGCUACCAAAAUA